AUGCCCGUAAUUAUGAGGCCAGAUGAUGCCGAUGGCAUUGCAGAGCGAGAGGCUGAAUACAAUCAGCUCAAGUUGGCACUUCAUUUAGCACAGACUGAUCGCUCUCGAUAUGUGGAGGAAAUGGAGAUAGAAGUAUCAAAAAUGAAGUGUGCUUUAAUCCUUUUAUUACGCACUAUUGAUGAUCUGGAAAAAGAGCGCACCGAACUCAUUGAAAGCAUCUCUGCUCUAGAUAGCAAACCUAAUCGCAGCAAGGAUCAGCGUACUUGCGAAGAUUUGGCUAACUUAGCUGAAAACAAAGACUGGUUGGAUCAACAAAUAGCACUAGAAAAAUCAAAGCAUGUUGAAUAUGAUGCUAAGGCAAGUUAA